GGAAUGGUCAUACUUACACCUCCACUUGCCACCAAAACAAAGGUUAGCUCGUAAUUUAAUCAAAAUAAAAUAGUAAAUCAAAAUGCCGGUGGAUUGGUUCGGAUAUGUGUACGCAGCCACGGUUGCCGCCGGAGGCAUCAUGGGUUUCGCCAAGGCGGGUUCCAUUCCCUCGCUGGGUGCCGGUCUGGCCUUCGGAGCCCUGCUCGGCUAUGGGGCCCACCUGAACUCCCAGGACACGCCACGCCCCCUGCUGCAGUUGGGCACCUCCUUGUUCCUGGCCGGAAUGAUGGGCGCCCGCUGGAACCGAUCCGGAAAACUAAUGCCCGCCGGCAUGGUCUGCCUGCUGUCCGUGGCCGCCUUGGUCAAGAAUGUGGCCACCUACAAUCGCUACCUAAUGCCCACCCCCACAAAGGCCCCUUAAGCUGAUUCCCCUGCCAUGGAUGCCAACAUGCUGGACUUGCCAGGAGAUUACCCUACCUUAAUUUUUCAUUCUUAUUGAAUAGGUUUUCUACUUCAUUGGUGAUUGGACUUUUGUUAAUGCGCUGUGUCACUUCUAAGAUAGUGAUAAGAAACUGUACUUGCUGCAAAUAUAUUUUAUCACCUAUGCUUUUAA